CUUAAUAGUAGUUUACAGCAUCUACAGUUAUGGGCACUGAAGGCAGCAAACUAAAAGGAAUAAUUAUUGAGGAAAAUGAGGUGGAGAUUAAUAAAUUUUGGACAGUUUAUAACGCAAAGACACCAACGAAAUCCAACGAUGAGCGUUGCAGCCAGUUGCUGUCCGUAUUUGAAGGCAAAGUGUUUGUCAAGACACAUGUUUGGUCCCAUGGAGUGGGACCGAUUGAAAGGGCAAUAAAAAACCUGAUGGUCUACCGCCACCCGUACAUCUUAAAAUAUGUAGCUACCUGGGAGAAGUCGGGAAGGAAGUAUCUUGCUACAGAGAGGGUCAGGCCCCUUGAUGUGGUACUGGCCCAGCAGACCGACACUGAAGUCUGUUUAGGCUUGCGAACAAUACUAUGCGCUCUAAUAUUUUUAGUUGAGAAGGCUCUGGCACGACACUUAAAUUUAAACACGCUGUCCAUUUACGUAACAGAGAGUGGAAGCUGGCGCCUCGCUGGCUUUGAGUACGUUUGGAGGGCUACAGAUGUCGACAAAGAACUGCUUGACUUGGCACAUUCCUAUAUAGACUUGAGUAUUCAUGGAGAGAACUUCGAACAGUUCUUCUUCGCCAUUCUGUGUGAGAAAGUGCUGGGCAGGAAAGGAACUGACAGUUGCAUUACUGAUAGCACUCCACACGUUCAGGAUUUCCGUGAGUAUUGCAGCACACACCUAAAGCAUCAAAACACAAAGCUAAGGCCAAGACUUUCUGCUAUCUUGCUACAUCCUUACUUUAACCAUGAAUUCGUCCUCAUACAUUCCUUUCUCUUUGAGUUGCCCCUGAAAUCAGUGCACGAGCGUUACCAAUUCUUUAGAAGUUUGAUUGAUCGACUGCGAUAUUUCGACGAGGAAGUAGUGGCUUCGCAGCUGUCGUGUGACUUGCUCUCUAGAAUGGUUCUGCUGGAUCCUGCUGCACAAGAAUUCGUGACUCCACAUAUACUCCGUACAAAAAUUACGGAUAAAGCACUGGCGUCGUUAUUUUCUCCGCAAAUCUACGUCAAAUAUUUAAUGCCACACAUACUCAAGAUGUUCCGCUUGCGUGAUGCGCAGAUUCGGUUAAUACUUCUUGACUAUUUUAUGGACUAUAUUCGUCUCUUGAGCGAUGAGCAAUUAGAGAGCGAGAUUCUUCCUCAUUUACAGCUUGGUAUGACGGAUACUAACGAGAUCUUGGUAGCCAAAACACUUAGAUGCAUGGCUGAUUUAGUUUCCAUAUUAGGAGCCGACAAAGUCUUAGGAGGGGAUCGAUCAAGAUGUUUUUCUGAUGGCCGUCCGCACGCUGCCGUUUCCACAGACAUCGCAAAUUCUUUUCCAGAACCGCGGUCCAUUAGUCCCUUGAUGAAUACUAGAUCUUUCGAUGUGGAAAACCUUAUGGUUUCUGGGAGCCCAUUGCCACAAGAACGCAACGCCUCCCCCUUAUCUAUUCGCCUUAGCCCAGACGGCGGAGAAGACGAGAAAUUGCGGUUAAAUUUAAAUGAAAAUGCUAUAAGUAUAAAUCAUAAUAGCGAUGCCGAAAAGGACUCAAGAAGAACCCUUACAGAGCAUGAAAACAGAGCCAACGAUGAUGAGGAGGGGAUUUGGUUUGAUUGGGACAAUUCAGACCAGCUUCAGCAGGACUACCGAGAGGAUCAGGUUCGAACGGAGUCGGAAACCAAAAGUAAUGCAUUGACUACAGAUAUCCAAAUAAGCAAAUCGUUAUUGCCCCCAUAUCGCACUGCAACAUUUAACUUAUCCGUUGGAAUAAACGAGACAAUAUCUAUGGCAGAACAAAAAGUUAACGAUGAUCUCAGUGAGCUGGACAUAAAGGUGCAACCGGUGAUACAAAGUUCUGAGUUAAGCGAAUUUGAUUUCUUUAAAGAUAUGGAACCGGUCAUCGAAAUAAAAACUAGUACCUGUGAGACACCGCAGCAAAUAAGCAGCCGUUUUGCUGCUUCUGCGUCAGCCAUGAACUGUAAUGAUCUGUGUGCCGAUCAGGGUUGGGGACAUGAUGAACAAGAUAAGGACGAUAUCCAGUGGGGCGUGAGGAAUGCAACGGCGAAUUAAUAUAAAGUCGAUAUUUUUACUGUUAACUUCACAAUAAAGCCUCUAAAUUUAAUCAAA